AUGAAGAACUGGAUCGAAGACGAGUACGGCCUGGAAGAGAAGCCCUCGUACGAUAAGCUACGCCAGUAUGUUAAGGAGGCUUGGGAGGCACUGCCAGAUGACUACUUGAAGCAGCUACUGGCGUCGAUGCCAGACCGCUGCAAAGCACCCCCUAGCACCCCUGCGGGAACCUCAGUACCGGUGAAGAAGGACUCGGCAAGCAUGACCUCGUCAAGCUCAAUAACCUCGUCGAAUACGAUCGAGGACGAAGCCCUCGAUAUAUACCCAUACCUAACCAACACAACGCUGCUACAGCUACCGCGAAUGAUGACACACCUCGCAAAGAUGUAUACCAACGAGGACAAGUUUGGAAGCGAACGCGACGAUAUACUGGACUCGAAGAUCAAGAUCUUUGAAGCAUACUGCCAGAUCAUCGGUGCCCCACAACAACUGUACUACAAGAUGUACUCAGUCAUGCUGAAAGAUAGAGCUAAGCAGUUCCACUUCGACCGCUUGAUCUAGGAGAACCUCAUCUUCGACGAGAUGGUCAACUGAACUAGAGCAUUCUUCUACUUUGUUGAAGAUCGCCAGAUAUAUCUCCAAGAGUGGCGAUCAACGACCCUUGCCCGCACCAUGAAAGAAAACACCGACAAAGACCUAUCACAACGCUCUGACACCCUGGUAAAUAAGGUGCAGAAGAUCUUCAAAGGGCUCGCAGGCAGAACGCUGGCAGGAAUGUACAGAACAGAUAAGGAUCUAGCCGAGCAGGGUCGACCGACGGCAUAAAGAAGGCUGAUCAAGCAGCAAAGGAAGCUUCCGAGGGAGCUCUUGAGCAAACAGUGGACCACGUGGCCGAGACGGCGGACAGCGCAGAGAAUUUAACAACGAAGGCAAGAAAUGCUUUGUAUGUAGAAAAUGUAAGAGAAGGCAGGUACGCCUGAUCAAGGUGGUCACGAUGGAGGGAACAAGAGGGCAAGCAAUGACUGGCAUUGG